AUGAAGCAAAUGUUCGAUGCUGACAUGAACUUAGCUCGGACGGAGAUAAAGGCCGUGUCCCAAAGAGUCCAGGCCUCAGAGGAAGAGAUCACUGAUAUUCGACAAGAACUAAAAACAAUGGCAGAUACCCUAUGCCAGCUACAAUCAUCUGACUCUGUGUUCCAACUCAGACUGGAUACUAUGGAAGACCACAACCGGCUGGUGAACAUCAAAAUCCGGGGAAUUCUGUAGGCCCGACAGAACUGUCUCACUUCCUACGGAGGUUAACUGCUACACUGUUGUCUCACACCCAGGCCAAGAAAUUGGAAUUCGAUGAACACUUCAGAAUCAAUAAGCCUAAACAAGCAUUGCCUGCAGCCGCGCAGGAUAUAAUUGUGCGCUUUCACUCCAUACUAGACAAACUGCGUUUUCUAAAUGCAGUCAGGAACCAGAUCCCACUGGACUUUGAGUCAUAUAGACUCACUUUCUUUCAAGACAUCACGCGCACCACACUACACUGGCGAAAGUCACUAAGCCCUAUAACCGCCCAACUUCAAAACGCAAAGGUGGACUACCGAUGGCUGCUGCCAAGAACCUAA